ACAUUUCCCGUUUACUCGCUAGCGAUGAGCAAUAUCGUUCUUCCUUUGCAGAUGUUACUGAUACCAGUGCUGUAAAGCGUUUCAGAAAGAAGGUUGCUAAUUUUAGACAAGAAUAAGACUUGCUUUCAGAAAUAUUUGAAUAUUUUAAGUACGGAGUUUGAUGUCCACAUACUUUUCAGCAAAAAAAGAGAGUUCAAUCUAACGAAAGUGACAGAGCAUUUUUAACCCACCUUUUGCAUAUUUCAUAGAAUAAUGAUGUCCUCUAAGUGAAGAAAUAUGUACUCUUUUUAAGAAGUUCAACUUCGAAGAACCUGAUGAUCCCUCCGACAGUACUUUAGUUUCUACAAUAAUUAAACAAAAUGAGGACAUAAAUGAUGAUGAAAAACAAAAACAAUUUUUGGAAGAGGCUAUUCGGAUAUUUGAAGAACAUCAUGGAAAAGAACCAAGCUGCUACGACCGAGUUAUAUGCCUGUUUAGGUGAUAUUCAUUGUAAUUUGGGAAACUACCAUGAAGGAAAAGAUUUAAUUGAAAAUUCAUUAAAUUUUUUCGAAUCCCACAAAGACGAGACAGAGCCUCUGAAAAGAGCAGAAGUGCUUGUGAAGUUGGGUGUGGCUUAUGUAUUCCUAGACAAACAAAAAAAGGCGAGACAAAUCCUCGAAAAAGCCUUACCAAUAAUUGAACAGAACUUUAGCAGCAGUAAUAUAAAUUCUGCCGUGCUACUGUAUAGACUAGGCGUCGCUUAUGGUGAUUUAGGCGACUACCACAAGCAAUUAGAAUUUCUCGAAAGAGCACUGGAGGUGAUUGAGAGCUACUAUGGGUCAGAACACUUCGAGUUUGCUACCAAAUUAGCUGGUAUGGGAGCCGGCUACGUUUUCCUUGGUAAUCAUCUAAAAGCUAAGGAACUCCUGGAAAGAGCCCUACCUGUUAUCCAGAAACAUUUUGGACACGAGAGAUAUGAGGUAGCAGAAGCUAUAGCUAACUUGGGGGUAGUUUAUGGAACAUUAGGUGAUUUUGAAAAAGAGAAGGAGUUAUUAUCGCAAGCCGUGUCGAACAUUGAGAAACGCCAUGGUGCGGAACAUGUUAAAGUUGCCGUUACGCUUGUGAAUUUGGCUCUAUCUUAUGGUGCUUCUGCAGAUCCAAGAAAAGAAAAAGAAUUGCUCGAACGAGCAUUAGACAUCUAUGAAAAGAAUUAUGGAUCAGAACACUCUGAAGUUGCGAAGACAUUGAUUCAGUUAGCUUCCGCCCAUGAGGCGCUCAAAGAGCAUCCCACGAGGAAAGACUUGCUAGAACGAGCUUUGAAUAUCACAGAAAAGCGUUUGAAUAGUGGAAGUGUCGAAGUAGCGGAAGUUCUAGUGCUCCUAGCAUCUGCUUAUAAGGACUUAAACGAUCGGUACACCGAGGUACAGUUGCUAGAACGAGCUGUUGGAAUAUUGCAGAGGCAUUAUGGUUGUGAUCACCUGUAUGUGGCCGAAACGUCAAUUACUUUAGGCUUAGCGUAUGGUGCUCUUUCCGACACCAAGAAGCAAAAUGAACUUUUGAAAGAAGCGCUUCCCGUAGUUGAAGAAUAUUACGGGCCAGAUGGUGCAUUGUUGAAACUGGCAUCAGCUGCUUUGAGGUCUUCAGGUGGUAUUUUCCGCAAAAAGCAGUUUAAAUGUUGUUGCAUUUCCUAAAAUAAAUCCUCCAGAUAUGCGCGAAUCUACUUAAUGAUGCAAUUAAGGACCAAUUAUUUGAACUAUUUAUUUAUUUUCUCUGGUUUUGAAUUCACUGAAGUUUUUUUAAACUUGCUCAGGUAUUUAAUAAAUGUUUGUAAAAUUUAUAAAUGAAUGUAUCGUCGCGUCAAAGCAAUAGUAGGAUAUCUUGCUGUUAUUCCUACGAUUAGAUAUCUUACUGUUGCUCUGAGGUGCCGAUAUAGUUAAUUUAGUUCUAUGUUUACAAAAGCAGCGGAAGACUUCAAAUAGUAAAAACGAAAUAACUGGUAUGUAAAAACUUCAGGCUUACAUGUUGCCGGUAUACAACAUUUAUAUGUAGGUAAAACGACUUUCCAGAUUUUUUUCAUGACAUAAUAUACACACAGGAAUAAAAACUUCAUAUAUAUAAUGUAUAUGUUACAACGAAAGACCGAAAUUAGAAAAAGUCGACUUUGGUAUGUGAAUGUUCAAAUUCACCGGCUAAUGUCGACAUUUAUCAUGUUUCGGGCUUGACAGCAACAUAUCGUCGCUUGAAAGCAACAGUAGGAUGUCUUACUGUUAUUACUGGGAUUAGAUGUCGUACUGUUGCUCUGAGUUGACGGUAUACAGAUCACAAAUUCUGUUGUAGUUUUUACUAAAUAAUCUUUUACGUGAGUAAAUAAAUGCUAUUCAAUCAGAAUAAUAUUAUACAAGAGUUGGAUUCCUUCUUAUAAAUGUUAGAAUUCCGUUUUAUAAUAAAAGAAUGCUUUAAUGCAACCCUUUCACACAUGACAUUCGUAUGUUCUGGAUGUAAAAAUGCUAUUAUAUAAAGGAGGAAGGCUACAUAAAACACCCCAGAAGCAAAGGACUGUAAGUGACAAAAUUAAAUAUUUGGACAUAAGUAGUAUAAAUGGAAUUCUGUUAAAAAUUCAGAAAAAAAUUUAGGGUAAAUAUUACUGUAAAACGAAAUAUUUAAUACAGAAAAUUUUUACAAUGACUUUUACCGGAAAAAGUAAGUGAUUGUAACGCUAGUUAGUACACCACGUGACUGAUAGUGUGAAGCGAACAAUUCUUUGUUAUAUUCCGCCGUCCCUCGAGGUCCAUCCAGUGUGGUGACUUAAACAGCGUACCCCGACCAACGCCAUCCAGGUUCAAACCUGUCUGCUUUAACCUCGUCAUUCGGCAUAAAAAAAAAAGAUAGCAUUCUUGUUUUUUUGCCGUAAAAUUUUACAGUAAAAUAUAAUUUCGCGGUAAAAAAGUACUGACAACACGGAUGCAGUACUUUUUACCGUAACAUUUCAGAAUUUUUUUUACAGUGUAGGAAGAACUCUCAUCUAUCUUGGGGCAAAAGGAUGGUAAUAGUAUACUUACAAGGUGCUGAUAUAUGUCAUGAUUUAGAAUAGUCUUUUAAUGGAAGCAUGCAUACGGUUUGAACUUAGCUCGCGUUUUACUCAAAUCUUUCAGUCCACUUACUGUCCACCACUGGCAAGUUGAGUUCCGCUGCCCGAACGAUUAAACGGUUCCAUCAGUUGAAAUAGGGGUGAGGAAAAACGGUGUAAGAACUUGCGGAUUUAGUUUGCAGUGUUAUUGCCCGUUUGGCGAACAAUUUAAUGCAGAUAAGAAGUAGCAAGCGGUACAGGAUUUUCUCGCCAAUAAAAGGGUUGCAAUGGUAGCCCAACUCUGCACCUAAGAAUUCCUCUUCAAACUUAUCGUUUUUCCUUGAAAGAAAUGGACUUCAUUAAGGCCAUAACUCAACUUCUCAGAGGUGGACAGUUCAUCCCUUUGCUUCUCGCUGCCUCAUGCAUAAUAUUUUACCACAACAUCCGAAUAUGCCACAGGUUAAUUGCCGUGAGAGUUUAAGAAAAAUAUUGCAAUUUGUCUCUAAUCAUCAUGUUUUUCAUAACACUUUUCCCUCUGUGCAAGCUACUCAAUUGGUAUUGCAUUACUUAUGUACAUAGUCAUCAUUUAUUUAUUGUUUUACUAUUGAAUAAUAAAGUAUGUUAUGAUCCAAU